AUGGAUAUCACCGACAUCAAAGCCGCCGCCUCGGCGACUAAAUUACGAGCCGACAGCACAAUCUGCUUUGAUCCUGAAUAUGCAGCUGUUCUUCAAGAACUUGACAUGUCCGGUAUCGAGAGACCUGUCAUUAAGACCGCACAAGACCUACGCGCCUUUAGCAACGCCAUGAUUGGAAUGGCCCUCAAGCGAGACCCGUAUCCUGGUGCCGAACAAGACAAGGCCGGCAAGGAUGAUGCGGAUGUGAGCAUCUAUGCUGCACCGGGACGCGCGAGGGUGGAGGACCUGGCCGGGCUGCCCAGGACGUACAUCGACACGCCUGGGCUGGACCUGUUCCGCGAUGAGAAUUUGAGACAGUCACGGGUCGAUGGCAAGCAAUUCAUCCGUGUUUUUCCCGAUAUGGUCAUGAACGGGAAUGAGAGGGCAUGUGAGAGCAGGGCAGAGGUGCAGCGCAUGAAUCUGUCAAAGAUUGGCCCUAUGAGAUUUGACUCGUUAUUAUCCAUUGGCCACUAG